AUGGAGAAGGGAUACAGCACGGUCACUUUCGACGGGGCGCCCAGCUACGGUCACACGCCCUCGCACCACGCGGCGCAGUUUCCCAACCACUCCUUCAAACACGAGGACCCUAUGAGCCAGCAGGGCUCUCUGGGCGAGCAGCAGUAUUCGGUGCCGCCCCCGGUGUACGGCUGUCACACCCCUUCGGACAGCUGCACAGGCAGCCAGGCCCUGCUGCUGAGGACGCCCUACAGCAGUGACAAUUUAUACCAAAUGACCUCCCAGCUUGAAUGCAUGACCUGGAAUCAGAUGAACCUAGGAGCCACUUUAAAGGGAAUGGCUGCUGGGAGCUCCAGCUCAGUGAAAUGGACAGAAGGGCAGAGCAACCACAGCACAGGGUAUGAGAGUGAGACCCACACAACACCCAUCCUCUGUGGUGCCCAGUACAGAAUACACACCCAUGGCGUCUUCCGAGGCAUUCAGGAUGUGCGGCGUGUGUCUGGAGUGGCCCCAACUCUUGUCCGGUCAGCAUCUGAGACCAGUGAGAAACGUCCUUUCAUGUGUGCUUACCCGGGCUGCAAUAAGAGAUAUUUUAAGCUGUCCCACUUACAGAUGCACAGCCGGAAGCACACUGGUGAGAAACCAUACCAGUGUGACUUCAAGGACUGUGAGAGAAGGUUUUCUCGCUCAGACCAGCUCAAAAGACACCAAAGGAGACACACAGGUGUGAAACCAUUCCAGUGUAAAACUUGUCAGCGAAAGUUUUCCCGGUCCGACCACCUGAAGACCCACACCAGGACUCAUACAGGUGAAAAGCCCUUCAGCUGUCGGUGGCACAGCUGUCAGAAAAAGUUUGCGCGGUCAGACGAAUUAGUCCGCCACCACAACAUGCACCAGAGAAACAUGACCAAACUCCAGCUGGCGCUUUGAGGGCUCCGACCGGGGGACAGUUCAGCAUCCCAGGCAGGACAGUGUGCAAACCGAUUCCAAAUCUGAUUUGAAGUUCCUCCCCACUCACCUACAAAACGACUCAAUAGUGGAUCAUCAUCCAGCUCCCCAGACAGCACACGUGUUUGACCACAUCCUGUCAGGUUUGCCGGAAGUAGCCUGUGCUCCACCUACUCUUGGCUAACUCACAGGCCUGAAAAAAAUGGCUCAAGAUGACUUGUUAGUUGAAAGCGCAUUGCCAUUGGGUCUGAGUUUUCCACCGUUAGAAGAGCCAUUGUUCAUAAUGUCCCCCUACCUUCCUCUUCUCCAUUCUGCACAUUUUCACCAGGAUUGGAGCGAUUGUUCCAUUUUCCAUCAUGGGAUAUUUAUAGGCCAGGGCAUGUGUAUGUGUCUGCUAAUGUAAACUUUGUCGUGGUUAACCUUCACUAACAGCCCUAGAAAGAAAUAAAUCAGAGAGCAAGGCACCAGGGGGCAAAUAUCGCCGAGAAUUCCAGAGGUCAGGCUGCAAACCUGGAAUCCUGGAAGGCAGAAA